AUGAACAUGGGGGUCAUUUAUCAGAACUCCACUGACUUCGUCCUCUUGGGCCUCAUCACCCAUCCCUUAUUCCCUGGGGUUAUCUUUGCAGUGGUCUUCUCCAUUUUUGUGGUGGCUGUAGCAGUCAAUGUGGUAAUGAUUCUGCUCAUUCAUGUGGACUCUCGUCUCCACACACCCAUGUACUUCAUGCUCAACCAACUCUCCAUCAUGGACACGGUGUACAUCUGCAUCAUUGUUCCCAAGAUGCUUCAAGACCUUCUAUCCAAGGAAAAGACUAUCUCCUUCCUUGGCUGUGCAGUUCAGAUAUUCCUUUACGUGACAUUGGUUGGAGCAGAAUUCUUUUUGCUUGGCCUCAUGGCCUAUGACAGAUAUGUGGCUGUGUGCAAUCCCCUCCGAUACCCUGUUCUCAUGAACCGCAAGGUUUGCUUAUUUAUGAUAAUGGGAUCCUGGUUUGGUGGUUCCUUGGAUGGAUUUAUUUUGACGCCUGUCACCAUGACAUUUCCCUAUUGUGGGUCCCGAGAAAUCAAUCAUUUUUUCUGUGAGAUCCCAGCUGUGCUGAAGCUCUCAUGUAUAGACACAUCUCUUUAUGAAACCCUCAUGUAUUCCUGCUGUGUACUGAUGCUGUUCAUUCCUAUAUCCAUCAUCUCUGUCUCCUACACACAGAUUCUGAUUACUGUUCAUCGGAUGAAUUCUCCUGAGGGUCGACGCAAAGCCUUUGCAACUUGUUCUUCCCAUAUUCUAGUGGUGAGCAUUUUCUAUGGGGCAGCCUUCUACACCAAUGUAUUGCCCAGUUCCUAUCACACACCAGAGAAAGACAAAGUUGUGUCAGCAUUCUACACAAUCCUCACUCCCUUGCUUAACCCACUUAUCUAUAGUUUGAGGAAUAAAGAUGUGGCAGCAGCGCUAAAGAAAAUGCUGGGCAGAUAUACCUCCUCCGAGAGAAUCGGGGCAGAGGAUGUAUCUAGGAAACACUAG